AUGGCUCUGGAUCUUCGCGGGCCCAUUUGUGAAGAGCAGAAUGGAGAGCCAGUGGUGUCCAGGCCGAAGGCGCCUUACUCCCAGAAGCUUGCCGCGCAGCUGGCGGUGGCCAUGCCCGAGAUGGGCUGGAGCAUCUGCGAGCCGCUGUUUAUGCCGCUGCUGCUGGAGCUUCAAGUUCCAGAUUCCUUGUUGGCCAUCUGCUGGGUGAUCAGCCCCGCGGCAGGCCUCCUCUUGCAGCCUUGUGUCGGUGCUCUGAGCGACAAGCACGGAAGGAGGCCCUUCAUUCUCCUCUUUGGGUUGAUGGCGGUCGUGGGCCUUACGGUAACACCGCUUCUGGCCGAAGUUGCUGACAAGGCUGUGGCGCGGCCUUUGGCCAUGGUCGCCUUUGGCUUUGCAGACGUCAGUCAUGAUAUGCUGGUGACGCCUACACGGGCCCAGAUGAACGACGUGUUCGACCCUGACACGGCAGAGACACGGUGCGCGGUGGUUGGAGGCAUUGCAAAGACCUUCGCUAUGCUUUGUGUUAUAUUGUUGUCAAGAGAAGCAGCUUUCUUGGUAGUGGCAGCCGCCGCAUUUCUAGCAACAGCCUCGCAGCUGCUUGGGCGAAAAGAAGAUGCGGUUGCGGAGAGCGACCGCCUCGCUGAACUUGAGACCGCAGAUGCGCGAAGACCUCGCAUUUAUCCAGUCGGUUUUUGGCAGUUGUGGCUGCUUCAGUGUGCCGGCUGGCUGUCGGUGUGUACCUGGAGCUUCUAUUUCACAAGUGUGUGGGCAGAAGUGAAGGGAGCCCGCUCGAGUGCCAGUGCCGGAUUUGAGCCGGCCGUGCGAGAAGCCACUGGCUACUUGCUGCUGGGCUCCUUUGUCUUCCUGGCGGCAGGGGGUUUCUUGCACCGGUUAUCAGGGCCGUCAGGGAUCUGUAAAGAUGAGUGGGUGGCGCUGUUUGCAUCUGUUUUUGUCAUGAUGAGCACCCUCAUUGCUUGUUGCCUGGCUCACUUAAACAGCAUACUGUACUGGCUGGCAGCAGCUUUGGUGGUUCUUGCCAUGCCUGUCGCCUAUCAGAUACUUUCGAACACACCGUUCAAGUGGUUGGAGAGCCAGCCAGGGUUCGACGCCACACAGCGAGGUUGGCUUACAGGCAUCUUCAACACCACGCUGGCGGUGGCACAGGCCUUCACGGCCGUCCUCAGUGGUCCCAUUGUGGCGGCAGCCGGGGGUAGACUUUGGGCUGCAUAUGCCGCCGCAACUCUCUUCGAUGCCCUGGUUCUCCUCCUUGUGCUGGUCAUGAGGCUCGUGACGCCCAUGUCACCCUCUCCGCGCGAUCUCGGCGGGAAUCGGCGAUGA